AUGGCAACUAUUCAGCUGCAAUCCAAUUAUAGUUUACGGGAUUUGGAUAAAGUGUUUGCUGUGUUGUCCGUCUUCCUCCUUGUGGCCUCAGCCAUGGCCAGCCCCAUGCCCGAGCCUGGCUAUCGUCGUCAUGGUGGCUAUGGUGGUGGUUAUGGCGGGUAUGGUGGUGGUUAUGGCGGAUAUGGUGGCGGCUAUGGCUACGGAGGUGGAUAUGGUGGUGGAUAUGGCGGCUAUGGUAGAGGUUAUGGCGGAUAUGGUGGUGGGUAUGGCGGUGGACAGGGCGGCUAUGGAUAUGGAAGAUAA